AUGCAUUUUAGAAAUUUUAACUACAGUUUUAGCUCCUUGACAGCCUGUGUUGCACACAGUUAUGUCUUCUGCGAAAGUGAAACCAGGGCCAAAUUUGAAUCUUUCGUUAGAACAUAUGACAAGGCCAUCACAUUUAAGUAUUUUAAGAGCUUCAGAUAAGUAUGAAUAAACUUCAGUAACCCAUUGUCUGCAGCAGAUGCCCAACUGCAGCUCCACAAGAUCGAGUUUCUUGGGAAGGAAAUGAAAUUAUAUUUUGCUCAGACUUUGCACAUAGGAAGUUCAAACUUGGCUCCACCUAAUCCAGACAAACAGUUUUUGAUUUCUCCUCCUACCUCUCUGCCUGCUGGCUGGAAACAAGUGGAAGAUGCUACUCCAGUCAUUAAUUAUGAUCUUUUAUAUGCUAUCUCCAAGCCAGGGCCAGGUGAAAAAUAUGAAUUGCAUGCAGCAACUGACACCACUCCCAGUGAGGUGGUCCAUGUACGUGAGAGCGAUCAGGAAAAUAAAGAGGAUGAUGAGGCUGAAGGAAUGAAGAAACCCAAACCAAAAAUUAUUCAGACAAGAAGACCAGAGUACACACUAUUCAUUUAA